AUGGAUGAAAAGCUCACUCAAGCCGCCUUCGAAUUAUCCCAAAAAGCAAUCUAUUAUGAUCAGGUAUCGAUAAUAAACUACUAUUUUCCUUAUGGGGCUAUCCAGCGUAUGUCUGUUUCACGUUUUUUUCCGUUUUUUUUUACAUCGCUGAAUUGGUUUCUUUGACGUAAAAAAACGAAAAAAAAACGGAAAAAAAUCAUUUUUUUCACAGCUUGAAUAACCCCAUUAAUAAUGAUUUUCAGGGUAAAAAAUAUGAAGAGGCCAUAUUCUGCUACACAGAAGCCGGUAAUCAGUUGCUGAAACUCGUGCAGGAAAAGAAAUGUCUGCCGAUUUUCCGGAAGAAUGUGAUGGAGUGCAUCAACCGCGCUGAAUUUCUGAAAUCCAAUAUUCAAACAUUCCAACAACAGGUUUUUUUUAUAAUUUCAAUAUUAAUAAGGCUUGAAUUUUGCAGUACCCUCCUUCGAAUAACGAUAUUGCACACAAUGUGGAGUUCCUGAUGAUAAAGGCGUCGAUUUAUCGAGAUUCGGAAGAGCGACACGAUGAAGCCAGCGAAAUCUUUGAAAGUGUAGUCGAGCAGUGUCUCGAAGCAGCUAGGAAGGGGAGUUUGCCUCCGGAAGUGCUCAAGAAGCUUCGGACAACUGCGGAAAGUGCUCUGAAGUGUGUCGAAGAGCUGGUCACUCGAAAGAAAGUGACGGAAGUUGAGCUACUGUUACCUGAUGUCCCUAUUGAUGGUGAGUAGAGAUUCGAUUGAUCUGGCGCGGACUACAUAGUUCUUUUCAGACAUUUCAAAGCUUCAAAUCAACGAUCAACCGAGCCCAUCUCUCUCCAGACAGAAACAACCACUUUCUCCUGGACAGUCCCCGAUGAAACCAUCAAGUUCCGCGAAAUUCACAAAGGAAGAGCUCGAAGUGCUCUCAACAACUUCUAACAUUAAUAACAAACUCUACGUACCGUUUCACAGCUAUGACAAAACUAACGAGUUCAAAGGACAGCACGGAAAAUUCACAGAUCCCGACGGAAAGAUCGGAUUGACGCAAAAGCAGAGAAUGAAGUUGAAGGGAUGGAAAAGAGCCAGUGAUCUGUUCGAAACCCCGGUGAUAAUCUCUGCGAUCGACUGUCACACCAUCAAACAGACUGUCAUUUCGGACUGCUCCUUCAUUUCCUCACUGUCUAUCGCGGCACUUUACGAAAAACGAUUCAAGAAGCAAUUAGUAACCAGCAUUAUCUACCCGCAAGACGCUCACGGAAAACCCCUUUACAAUCCGGCAGGAAAGUAUAUGAUCAAGUUCCACAUUAAUGGGGUCUGGAGGAAAGUGGUAAUCGACGACUUUUUCCCAGUAGAUGAAAACGAUCGGAUGAUGUGCUCGCAGACGGAAAACAAAGGAGAAUUAUGGGUUUCGCUGCUCGAGAAGGCUUAUAUGAAGGUUAUGGGAGGAUACGACUUUCCUGGAUCCAAUUCAGUGAGUUUUAAUUAUUCCUCCAAAUCAUGCAGCACGAAAAAGCCCUGAAAGUUACUCAGCUCGGCGGUCCAGCAUAAUAAAACUGGGCAGAAUAGAACCGCGACAUAAUAGGACCGGGCAGGAUAGAACCGCGACAUAAUAGAACUACGCAUAAUAGAACUGCGCAGAAUAGAACCGCGACACAAUAGAACCGGCCACAAUAUAACUACUUGGAGCGCCUUUUAAGGCAUUUUGUAGAAUAAUUGUUUCGUAGAAAAAGAUAAUUUUUGAAUCUCUUGAUCGAUUUAUUGCAUUCAUUAAUUGACGGAAGUGAGUCGUGACCGCUUUUCUCUACGGUAACGAAAACCCACAGAAAAUAAUUAUAUUGUACUAUCAAAAACGAAAGGAAACCAAUUUUCUAGGUAUAAACUGUGGUCUUCUGCUUAAUUGUUCGAGAGACGAAACAUUUUGCGAAAGUUAAUUGAAAGGAACGGAGAAAACGCUCAUAUAAAUUCACAAAAACAGUCUAUUAUGUCGCGGUUCUAAUGUGUCGCAGUUCCAUUCUGCGCAGUUCUAUUCUGCCCAGUUCUAUUAUGUCGCAGUUCUAUUAUGUCGCGGUUCUAUUCUGCCCAGUUCUAUUAUGUUGGACCGCCCUCAGCUCUAGAGGUUACGCAGCACCAAAAGUUAAGCAGCACCGAAAAGUUACGCAGCACCAAAAGUUAAGCAGCACCGAAAAGUUACGCAGCAUCAGAAGUUAUGCAGCACCGAAAAAUUACGCAGCAACAAAGAGCUGCGCAGCACCGAAGAGCUAUGCAGCACCAAAAGUUAUGCAGCACCAAAAAUUUGUUAUUUUUAGAACAUUGACCUGAAUGCGUUGACUGGCUGGAUUCCGGAGCGAAUCGAGCUCACUGAGGGUUCAAAAUCCAACCCGGACAGUGUUUUCCGGAAACUUUUCGACCGAUUUCACCGUGGAGACUGUCUUAUCACAUUGGCCACUGGCAAAAUGUCAGAAGAUAAACAGAAACGAUCUGGACUUGUGGAAACGCACGCCUACGCAGUGAUCGAUAUCAGAUGUGUAGAGGUAAAACAAAGUUAUCAAAAAUUGUUUUCAAUGUUAACUUCAGAACAAACGACUUGUGAAAGUAAAAAAUCCGUGGACACACUCCAGAUGGAAAGGAAACUUUUCGGACCAAGAUAAGCUCAACUGGACGGAAAAAAUGAAGAGCGCACUGCAAUUUGAUCCAUCUGUUGCAGCACAAAAGGACGACGGAAUCUUUUGGAUCGAUUAUGAAUCUGUGUGCCACUUCUUUGACGUCAUCUACGUAAACUGGAAUUCUGAGCUGUUUCCUUUCACUUCUGUAUAUCAUGCCACGUGGAAGCAAGAUGUUGGACCGAUUAGAGAUGUCUAUACUGUCGGAGAAAACCCGCAAUACGCACUGACUGUAAACAUUGGGGUGAUUUCGGCGGCAGCGGUUUGGAUUCUUCUGACACGUCAUAUCACCGCCAUUGACGAUUUUGCCGUGAACAAGGAGUUCAUCACCCUGAUCGUUUAUGAAACUGGCCAGAAGAUUUACAUACCCUGUAAGAAAUUGAUUGAAUACAAUUAUACUAGAAAUAUUAUUUCUGCAUUUCACUGCAAUCGCGCUCUGUUUCUAAACUCUCCUAGUUUCCCGGUCGCGAAGUAAUUUUUAGUGGUUUUUCUCUGAAAAUGUGGCCGAACUCUUCAAACUAGGCCCCGAGGUCAUUGCAAUUUGCACUGAAAAAAUAGUUUUUCAACAGAGCGCCAUUGCAGUGAAAUGCACCCAUAAUACCUCAAAAUUUCAGCAAAUCCGCGUCCUAUUUCUGACGGCGUCCGUAUCAACAGUCCACUGUAUCUCUGCCAACUUCUUGUAACCAAACCCGGAAUUUCAAAGUACACCCUUGUCGUGGCACAGUACGAGAAAACCAACACAAUCAAUUAUUCGCUGCGCGUGUUCUCAACUGUCAAUAUCAAAUUGGAGCCCGUGAAACUGCCGUACACCGUCACAAAAACUACCCGUGGCAACUGGGACGGAUCAGAGAAACCGCCCGUGAUGAAACUCGUUCUGCAUUCGAAAUCCGAUGACAUUGCUCUAUUGAUGGAGCUCAAAGCUCCCAAACAGUUUUGUGUGGCCCUAGAAAUGAAACAAACUGCAUCAGAUCGGACAGUUUUCAUGGAAACAAAACACUCUGGAGCGUAUCGUCCCGGAUACACUGUACUCACUUUGGAGAAUGUGCCAGCAGGAACCUACUAUGUGAAAGUGUCCACUUAUACGGUAAGACUUUGACAUUUAUUUAUUUAAGCUACGCAGCCCCAACAAUUAAGCAGCACGAAAAUCUAUGCAGCCCCAAAAAUUAAGCAGUACAAAAAGUUAUGCAGCAUCAAAAAGUUACGCAAUACCAAAAACUACGCAGCACUAAAAGUUAAGCAGCAUCAAAAGUUAUGCAGCAACAAUGAGCUACGCAGCACCAAAGAGCUACGCAGCACCAAAGAGCUACGCAGCACCAAAGAGCUACGCAGCACCAAAAGUUACGCAGCGCCAAAAGUUAUGCAGCAGCAAAUUCUCCAACAGAUUCGUAUUAUUUCACUCAAUCAUUUUGAAAACAUUUUUCAGGUCGGAGACAAAGGUCCGUACAUUCUGCGCGUCGACUCCACCUGUAAAUUCGACUGGGAACUCAUCAAAUUGUGA